UAUUUUGCCCAGGUCUUCAGCACCUUCUCCAAUGAGGAUUACGAUCGGCGCAAUGAUGAUGUGGACCCUAUUGCAGCAUCUGCAGAAUAUGAGCUGGAAAAGAGAGUGGAAAAAAUGGACGUGUUUCCUGUGGAAAUUCAAAAGGGAGACAAUGGGCUUGGGAUCAGUAUCAUAGGAAUGGGAGUGGGAGCUGACCAGGGUUUGGAGAAACUCGGUAUUUUUGUGAAAACUGUAACUGAGAAUGGAGCAACUGAGAAAGAUGGACGGAUACAGGUGAAUGACCAGAUAGUAGAGGUGGAUGGGACCAGCCUGGUGGGAGUCACCCAGCUGUUUGCUGCAACUGUCCUGAAGAACACCAAAGGCACAGUGAGGUUUCUGAUUGGUCGAGAGAAGCCGGGAACUCAGAGCGAGGUGGCCCGCCUCAUUAGUGAGACACUGGAGCAGGAGAGGAACCAGCAGCAACACCUGGAUGACCCUUACGACCACUCUACAGAGGAGGAGGAGAGGUAUGAGGACGAGGACGACGACGUCAUAGAAGAAAGAAUCCUUGGGUCCAAUUUCUCUCCAGGGAGAAACGUGGAGGUGUUGGAGCUGCCGGACUCAGAGGCCUUGUUCAUGCCGACGGACAUGAACAGCUCUCAGAUGGCCUUCAAGUUCAAAGAGCUGCAACUGAAGCACAGCGUUGCUACAGAUGAAAUACAUCAACUGAAGGAAAAGCUAAGCAAAUCAGAGGAGGACAAAUCUUUGUGGGAAGAAAGGCAAUCUGCACUGGAACAAAAAAUUGAGGAGAGCAACGACAAAAUCCUAAAGCUGGAGAAUUACUGGCUGGAAGCCCAGGCUGUGUGCAAGAGUGUGAAUGAACAAUUAGCCGAGAAUCAGGCUCAGUAUGAGGCCCUGGACAAGAAGUACAACAAGGCCAAGAAACUGAUCAAAGACUACCAACAAAAAGAGAUAGAUUUUGUGAAGAAAGAGGAGGAGCUGAAAAAGACUCUGGACGAAAAAGACAAAUGGUACAAGGAGCAGCUGGAGAGCCUGCAGAACAGGAUUGCUGCCCUGGAGUCCAGAGGGGCUUCAGCUGUGGAGAGUCAGAGCGGUCUGGACUCUGAGGACAGACUCAGCAGCCAAGACUCGGUCAACAACUCACAAUCCAUUGACUCUCUCUUAGAUCAAGACUGGACCGAAGUGGUCCCUGAAACUACGCGCCUGGACACCAGCGCUCAGAAGGCCAAGUGCCGGUUGGCUCAGAUGAGCCGGCGCCAGGCUCCAACUCGAAGCAAACUAAAGGAAGGCCUGGCUGAACCCGCUCAUCAUUCUCAGGAAACUGAAGAAGAGGACGAGCAGGAGGAGCAGGAAUCUGCCGGGAGGCGGCAGUCCACCCAGGAAAGCCCAGCGCUCCCUGUCGACAUCUGCCACCCUGGAAAUGGACAGAAAGACGAUCCGGGCGAGACCGGAGAUACUUCCAAAAGCAAAUUGGAGAUGUCCAGCAGUCCAUCUUUGUCCCCGUCACUGGGGGACAGUGCUGAACGCUGUAGCAAUCCUUCAUUGUCUUCUCCAAAACACACGUCCUCACCACACUCUCCUCCGGGUUUCAUGCGCAACGUGAAGAAGAGAGAGUCCAAAGGCAAAGGGAAAGAACUCAAAGAGGAUUUGAGUGAGUCUUCUACAGCAGUAAAACCUAAAAGGCGAUUUCCAGAUUUUGGAGGCCUUCGGAAGUCAGGCGGCAAAGGGAAAAAAGACAAAGAGAAAGAGGCCCUGAGAGCUUCUUUGGACAGCAGGGGAUCUGCAGAGCUACUAGAGGAAUCUGGAGGGAACCUGUCUCCUGCAGAGUCCAUGACCUCUGUCCCCACUUGUAUGCCUUUCUCCUGGUUUGGAGACAAAGACAGAGACAGAGAGCCGUCCUCGUCCAACAGCAGCCUGCCAUACGCUGCAAACGAAACCAGCAGUGAGCAAAGCCAGGAUCAUAAAACUAAGACAAACCUCUCCUGGUCCUCUUUAUUCAGUCGCUCUUUAGAUUUGAGUUUUUCAGUCAUAGAUGAUUCUAGCCCUGCCAGCCCCAGUUCAGACAUCUCUGGGUUUGUCGCUGAACCCAAUCUGUCUGGGCGCUCACACACUUUAAUCUUCUCUUCCAGCGAGACGUUGGAUGAUGAACCAGUCCCAGUUGGGAAAGAGUAUCAGUGGCAGAAUCGGCCCAUCUCCGACUGGACCAAUCAGCAGGUCUGUCACUGGCUAAUGGGCAUGAACAUGGAUCAGUACACAUCUGAAUUCACCGCAAAGGGAAUCGAUGGCCAGCAGCUGCUGCACUUAGACAGCGACAAACUGAAGGCACUCGGUGUGACAAGUCAAAGUGACCGCUCCACUAUUAAAAAGAAGCUGAAGGACAUGCGGAAAGCCCAGGAGAAGCUGGAGAAACAGCGGGAGAAAAAAGAGAAAGAGGGCCGACGCAGUGGGAGGCUGCCGGUCCAGGGCGACUCCAUCUGCUGAUCAGAGUCUUUCCUUGACUUUCGUCCCUGUUCAGAAAAAAAAAAAAAAAAUUCUGUAUUUCUGAUUCCAUGAUGUUCCUUUCAGGAGAUCACAGUGGUUAACACAGUUGGCUUAAAUCAUUUGGCCAGCUGUGAGGAGUUUUCUAUCAUUUUCUACCUGUGCAGCUUUUCUUCCUUGCAGUCCAGAGACAUUCAUAGUGUGAAGUUGUUCAUUCGUUUUGAAUGGACAACCGUCCUUUUGUGACUCUACAGGAUAUUUGGAGAGAGUCUGCCUAGCUUCUCAUGCUGAGACCGUGAUGUGCCAGAAACCCCUUGCAGGACCUGAGGUGGUGGUUUAUAUUCAGAAUGUUUCUUUUAUUAUUGUUUUCUAUCGGUUUCCAUUAACGACAGCUAAAAACCAUUUUAAUUAAAUGAUGGGGUAUGUCAAGUUUGGUAAGAGACCAAAACAGAUAUUCUAACACUUUUACCACUAAAAAAAAAAAAAUCUUGAAACUAUAAUUAUUGAGAUCUGUUUCCAAUUAUAUUGUACAGUCCAGAUAAAAGCACUAUCAAUCUUUUAAGCUUCAAGGCAGCAAAGUUUUAAAUGUAUAAAUGAGUUUUAUACAUGUGCCUGUUAACUGCAUUUUUACUUAAAUUCCUUAUUUUAUACUAUCUACAUUUUUCUACUAAGUAGAAUAGCCAGACUUUUUUUUUUUUUCUUGUCAAAAAGGAAAUGAAAUGAGAACCUUAUCACGUAGGGACCAGGUGAAUGCUGCUGCUGACUCGGACUGUUUGGCUUGAAAGGUACCAUGAUGCUCUGUAAAUACUCAAAGGAUGAGCCUGUGGCGACGACUGGUGUGGAUCCAGAGCCGUGUCACGUGUGAAUGCAAGGCUGGACGAUGAAUGUUCUCCAUGAAACCGAAGUGCUUCCUUUAUUCUCAAGCCUAGUUCCAUGUUUGUACAAAAUAUUAAAUGUUGGACCAGAAGAAAACGAUGUUUUCUGAACUCUCAGAGAUGCUAAUCUUGGUACAUACAGCAUAAAUAAACUAAUAAUCACUUCU